CGCGCGGGGGCGAGCCGCGGCGCGGCGGCCGGGAGGAGCGGGGGCGAGCGGCGCUGCGGGCCGUGGGAGGAAGCGCUGCGCCCGGCCCGACGGCGCUCGUUGAGCCACAUCCGCGGGUCGCCGGCGACGUUGCCGGCGCCUGUCACCGCCCCUCCAUCUUGAAGGAAGAGGCCGCCGUUCCCCGCCGCAGGGGCGGCAGCGGCGCUCAUGGCGUUCAGCCCCUGGCAGAUCCUGUCGCCCGUGCAGUGGGCCAAGUGGACGUGGUCCGCGGUGCGCGGCUCGGGCGCGGGAGAGGACGAAGCCGGAGGUCCCGAGGGCGACCCCGAGGAGGAAGAGGACUCGCAAGCCGAGACCAAAUCCCUGAGUUUCAGCUCGGAUUCUGAAGGUAAUUUUGAGACUCCUGAAGCUGAAACUCCAAUCAGAUCGCCCCUCAAGGAGUCUUGUGAUACAUCGCUGGGAUUGGCAGAGCCUGAGGCCAAAACCCAAGAAUCACAAGAAGCUGAUGAACGGUUGGUAGCAGAAGUGAUUGAAAAAUGUCCGUCUGAUACAGGUUCUAGAUCUUCGGAAAAUGAAGUGCCACAGGCAACCAUUGAUUCUCUCUCAGUCAAGGAUGUCAGAGGAGAGGCCGAACACGAUGUCAGCAAGAUCUCAGUGGUGCGGCCAUUUUCAAUAGAAACCAGGAAGUACACAGAGGACCCAGUGGCUCUUGGAACAAAAGCAGCCAAUGGCUGUGUACCUGCGCUCUCAGGCAAGGCUUUGUCCUUCACACCCGAAGCCACUCAGGACACGCCAGUGAUGGAAGGAAGCAUGGUGGUUACUUUAGAGGCUUUUCCAGAAGCCGGUCAGAAGACUGGAGGCCCCUGUCCAGAGCCAGUGGCCAGCAGAAGCAAGCUAAGAAGGCCCAAGCCUGUCUCCCUGAGGAAGAAGAUAGCUGGGGGCGACGCCUCUGAAACCGAAAGGAUCUUGGAGGGUUCACCUCUCCCGAAGGCUUCCUCCCAGUCCAUUCCCCAUGAAUUGGAUAAGAGCACGCUUCUUAGUGCGCCGAGAGGUGCCAGGGCCCAGAAAUCUUCCCUUAGCCUUAAAGAAGCUGCUGACGUUCUCAGUAAUGACACCAGCGAUCUCGGCAUUGAGCUGCAGAAGGGUUCCGGGAACUCGCCUCUGAAACUUGAGGAUGAUUUUACAGAAGAUGGGGAAAAUGUAGAGGCCGGGAAUGCCCUUCCAAGGCAGCUUGGCAGGAAGCCUAGUAACAGACUGACGCCCAGCAUAGUAAAAGAUGGCAUCAGUAAGCCUGUGGGUGCUGAGCCACUUGCAGACCCCACAGUUCAAGAUGCCUCCCUCUCCCAAGAGUCUCCUAAGCUAGACCCAAGUAAAUGGGCUCACCCCAACUUUAAUUCCUUCGGGGGCUGCCCUGUUCUGCAGAACUCCCCUCCCCUCUCCUCCAAAGGCUCCAACCACUUUGGCCCAGAUAACUUCGAUGAAGCCAUGGAUCCCUUUACGCCAACUGCAGCUUUGACAAGCAGCACCUUUUGCUCCACCACUGGUAAUCAUGUUAAUGAAACCUUAGACUCACCCAAGAAGGCAAAGUCGCGUUUGAUAACGACUACUGAGCAAGUGAAAUUUCUCUGUUUUCUGUUGAGCGGCUGCAAGGUGAAGAAAUACGAAACCCAGUCUCUUGAUUUGGAUGGGUGUUCUCAGGAUGAAGACGCGGUGAUCUCACAGAUCUCAGACAUUCCUAACAGGGACGGCCACGCCACUGAUGAGGAGAAACUGGCGUCCACGUCAUGCGGUCAGAAGUCAGCCGGGGCUGAGGUCAAAGGCAUAGAGAAGGAGGCGUGCCAGAAGACGGAGAAAGAGGAGCUGGCUGUGCAUGGACUGCUGGAGUCCUCUUCAGAAAAGGCACCCGUGUCUGUGGCCUGUGGGGGCGAAAGCCCCCUAGACGGGAUCUGCCUCAGUGAAGCAGACAAGACCGCCGUGCUCACGUUGAUCAGAGAAGAGAUAAUCACUAAGGAGAUUGAAGCAAAUGAGUGGAAGAAAAAAUACGAAGAGACCCGAGAAGAAGUCUUGGAGAUGAGGAAAAUCGUGGCUGAAUAUGAAAAGACGAUUGCCCAAAUGAUCGAAGAUGGGCAGAAGACAAGCAAGACCUCUCAGAGUUUCCAGCAGCUGACUAUGGAGAAGGAACAAGCACUGGCCGACCUCAACUCUGUGGAAAGGUCCCUUUCUGAUCUCUUUAGGAGAUACGAAAACCUGAAAGGCGUGCUAGAAGGGUUCAAGAAGAAUGAAGAGGCCUUGAAGAAGUGUGCUCAGGAUUCCUUAGCCAGGGUUAAGCAAGAAGAACAGCGAUACCAGGCCCUGAAGAUUCACGCAGAGGAAAAGCUGCACAGGGCCAACGAAGAGAUUGCUCAGGUCCGCUCAAAGGCGAAGGCGGAGAGCGCAGCUCUGCAUGCCGGGCUGCGGAAAGAGCAGAUGAAGGUGGAGUCCCUGGAAAGGGCCCUGCAGCAGAAGAAUCAAGAGAUUGAAGAACUGACAAAAAUCUGUGACGAGCUGAUCUCAAAGCUUGGAAAGAGCGAAUGAGAGCCCCCCCAACUCCCCGUGAGCUGUGCAGGUCCAGGUCUGGCUGCUUCUGUCGUGACCACGUUGUUAUCUUGCCUUAUCCAGAACUAAGCCCUCCCUCGCAAAGAAAAAUAACUUUCUCCAAAGCGCACGCCUGCUUUGCCGCCACUGCAGCUGGAGGCACAGCAGAGACCCGGGGGCAGGUUGGCCCCUUCCUGUGGCAGGCUGCCGGGGCUGGUGUGUGCUUCUCCAUCUUGAGCUCAUCUUGCCGUCAUCUUUGCUUAUUCCCAAGUUUGUGAAAUUUCUAAUUCUGUGGCAGCUGUGUAGGGUUAUCUUCCCAGCACCCAUUUGAUGUUUUUAUGACCUUUUAAAAUUUCAGUGUCAGCAGUUUUAUUGGAGGAGGCGAUUUGGCCCAUUGCUACUAACAGUUUAUGGACGAGGCUCCAAAUCCCCUUUUAUUUCCAGACUCUUACUCAUGCAUGUUGGUCUAUACAUGCUGCUGCUUUUCCCGAGGCACAUUCAGACAAGAACUUCUAGGGAGGAACGUAGUUACAUGAGUAAAUGUAGACCCUUAUUUUGAAACAGGACUCAAGGACAAAAAGCCAGUUACAGACUUCACAGGGGUUGUCGCCAUAGCUCUGCUGGUAGAGUGCUUCCUAUACACAAGGCCCUGGGUUUGUCCCCAGAGCUACAGAGACUGGAUAUUGUAGUGCAUGCCUGUAAUCCCAACAGUCCAGAAGUGGAGGCAGGAUGAUGAUAAGUUCAAGGUCAGCCUGGGCUAUACAAGACCUUACUUCAAAAAAGAAUGGAAGCAUGGUUUUAUCUUAGCUAGUGGGAGGCCGGGGCAGGAAGAUGGCUUGAAGCCAGAGUUUGAGGACAGCAUUGCAAGGCAACACACCUGUCCUCAAAAUUCAAACACCCGAACCAAAAUUUGAGUCAGGGAGGAGAGGUUGAGGAGAUGAAGGCCAGGGGAUGUAGGCUUCAUGUCCUAGGAAGAUUUGCUGUGCUGCCUGUUGCCCCAGUAUCUGGACACCCCUGGGCCCCAGCAUGAGCUUACACUGAAAGCAGCGUGUGCCGCCAGUGUGAAUAGCAGCGUGGGCCUCCCUCAGAGCUGGCGUUUGAUGCGCGUGCCCACCUGGACACCUGCCAGAUAGUCUCUAAAGCAAAGUCGACUUUUCUUACCUAUUUGAAAGGUUUAGCUGAUCUUGUUAAAAGACAGAGGACGCCAGCAAAGGUCCUUGGUUCUCUGUGUGACAAGCGUGGCACACUUCAGAGACUUUAAAACAACAAAUGUUUUCAUGUGCAUUUAUGAAAUGCGUACGAAAUGAGGUGAACUCUUAAAACAGGCAGUUAAAAGUGAGUAAAAAAUGUGACUCAUUACCCAAAUCAGCACACUGGGAACAUGUUAACAAAGACAGCUCGAGUGCUGCAGAGGGCUACCCAGACAGGACAGAAUUCUGUGGACUCAUACUGGACUCACACUGGGGAACACUGACUCCUAUAUAGAAAUUUCCCACUUUAGUGCCAGUCAGUUUCUUUGUUUGAUCAGCAUAACCAAACCCAUUCGUGUUUUAAUGCAUUUUUUUUUUUGCCUUAAUUUCAUACCCUGAGUCUUCAUGGUAAAUAUGCACUAUUCAACACACAAACAUUUUCCUCCUUGUAAGACUGUUGCAUGAGUUAACCCCAGCGCUGAGCUGGGCCUCGUGGAGAAGCUCCAUAGAUCUUAAAGACGUUAUCCCCUUAGCAGUGAGUGACCAUGUGGUGCAACUGUUAGCUCCAGGGACGGGAGUGAUGUCUUUUCAAGCUAGAAAUGACAUUUUGUCAAUAUGCAUUUAUUACAAUUGGUGCUUAGGUUAGGCUGCAUCCUGAGGCCUACUGUAUGAAUAUUUUGUACAAAAACACAAAGGGACAGAAGUUACCUGUGGUUGGAGAACUAACUUGACAAUCAUUUGGGCUCUGAAUUCAGGCACAGUGGCUUAACGUCAAGGCCGUAGCCGUGGGCACAACGUCAGGUUCAAGUGUCUUUAAGGGAUGUAACCAGCAUCAGCUUAGCCCUCUUCCACAAGGAAGGUUCAUUUGCAUUUUGAGAGACACUGCAUCCCUGUUAGUCUCGACUUGUCUUUAGUAUGAAAGGCUUAGAGCAAUCCGCAUCGUGAAUCUAUAGUCCCCUUAUUCCCCGAUUCCUUUUCUUCCCAUAGUGCUGGGACAGUACCCAGGGUCUUGAAGAUGCUGAGCAAGUGCUUUGCCGCGGAGCUACAGCUCUGCCCCGGCCAUCUCUUUAAGCUUGUGUGUUUUAAAAACAUCCCUUGCUGUAGGAUGCAAAGCAGAGGAGAGGCGUGGUGACCACCCUUCCCUGCCACACUGGUGGAAGAGACCCCUUGAAAAACGGGCCCUGCUAAAUGCAGUUGCUGUACAGGGGGCAUGAAAGAGCCCUUUAAGCAAUGUAUGCCAGUGGCCUCGGAGUCAUCACCAUUACCAGGAAAUGGUCACAGCUUCUAGCUUGUGGAUACUCUCCAACAAGAGUAAAAAUGUUGCUUGCACAGCUGGCAAAUGAAGACAAUUAUACUAGGUAAAAUAUAUUUAUUUUUCUUUUAAUUGAGUAAACCCUAAAAAGCUUUUAGCACACUAGAGAGUAAAAAUACAAAGUUUUCUUCAACACAUGCUGGGGGCCAAAUAGUUGUUUUUUUUAGGCAGUUAAAAGCAGGGCAGCAUGGUGGCACACACCUGUGGUCCUAGCACCCUGGAGCAGAGGCAGGGACCCAACGCCCAGGCCUGACUGGGCUGUACAAGACUUGAGAGCUGGGGUUGUGACUCAGUGGUAGUGUUUGUCCCACAAACACCAGGUGGUGGUGUCAAUCCCCCGCACUGUGAAAGAUAAAUAAAAAAUUUAAGCUCAGAAAGCAGGUUGGGAAUAUUCAGUGAUCUUGUUGAGACGCUCAAGACCAUUUCUUUAGUUCUACUUUGCCAAAGUGUAGACAGCUCUUCCCUGUCCGUGUUACACAAUGACCAGUUUACCCUGGAUUGGAAGACAGUGCCUGCUCUGUUUAGAGACUGGUACCUUCCCUGAACUUUGUGCACUCUGGCGCUCAGAACUCUGGUGUGGAUUCAGGCAUCUCCCGAACCAGACCAAAUUAGGAAGUGUCGAAGCAAGCUGUUGGGAGUGCUGGUCUGGCGGCCUGAAGCUCAUGGCAUCAAAGGGAGAGCCCUGCCUUUACAUUCAGGAUUGCAGUCUAAGCUAGACUGUCUCUCCAGCCAGUAGAGCCUUUCUCACUGGGCACACGUAGCACUGCCUGUGCACAAAUGCUCAUUCACUGGGCAGCCCUGGGUCGACCACAGGAGACCGAUGCCCUCACUUUCAGCAGAGACAGCACAUGCUAGACAGGGCAGCCUGCAGCCCAUAGGCUUCGGGAGUGUGGCUAAGAUCAGGGCAUACUAAAUUGGAAGUGGUGUGGAGCUUUUGAGGCCACUUCCUUUGGUGAUCGGUCGUUCCUGCUGGCUUUGUAGGCCUGUGACUCUCUGAGCUCCAUCUCAGGGUUUUUUAAUCUUCUUGGGAAGAGAGAAUGUAGGUAUUGAAAGAAUGAUUCAGGCAAAGAAUUUAAAGAUGUAUAUAUUAUGAAGAAUUUUAAGGGUAACAGAUUACUAUUUACUUACUAAAGAACAGACAAAGUCUGGGAAUCCCAGAACACCAAGCCAAAGGUCAAAGAAACCAUCUUUCAAAAAGUUUUAACACUGAAAAGUUAUGUCAAGGAGACCAAUGUCUGAAAAGGUUUGACUGGCCUCCAGCUUCCAAUUAUUUUUUAAAAGAACAAUUUACUAGGGCCAGGGAUGUAGCUCAGUUGGUGACACACUUGUUCAGCACACGCAAGUCCCUGGAUGUCCCCAGUGCUGGGGGGGGGGGAACAUUUACUACUAAAUCCUUACGGGUCCCACAGGGAGAGGAAAGGGAAACAGAUGUACCGGCUCUUCUCCCUAGGGUUCUCUUCUGAAACAGAGCACAGAGUCCAGGCAAGCACUUGGCACCGCAGAGUCUAAAGAUUGCACUCCUACUAGUUCCCAUGCAGAUGCAGCCCCUGUCUGUGCCUUCAGCACGCAUUUAGUCUUGGACAAAUAAGACUCCCCAGGAAUGACUCGUAACUGUACUAUGGUUUCAGCUUUAUGUAGACACACACAUUCCGGCUGUAGUUCUGAUAAGGAGACGCCACUGCAAUGCUGGCCCCAGGCGGCCUGUGAUGCUUUCACUGCUCAGAGGAGGCCAGGCAGGCUAAGGUAUGACCCAACCCUUCCCCGUGAGGCGUCUUCAUUCAUAGAGGGUCGGGAUGCCACUCUGCAUGCCUGCCUUCUCGUGGUACCUAACACGCUGAACGAGAGCGCUGCCCCUUCCCCGAGUAGCCGAUUCUAUAUUCGGGAAUAAUUUUCAUGAAUACUUUUCAAAUGGUCACAAGCAUCUGGACUAGCCGUGUCUGAUCCCAGUACAGGGCAGUGUGUGGGUCGCACCUGCAGCCUCAGCCUCGUCCUUGGCAGGGCUCAGACACUCGGUUCCGUCUCCAGGCAGCUUUCCAGGGUUGCCGUUAGCGAGUCCGUGUCUGCCAGUAGAUACCCACUGUACUAACGUGCCAAGCGUUCCUUGCACCUCUGCUUCCACUGUAUCCCCUCCUCCCUGUGCCCCAGAGUGCGUGAGGAGCCCCUCACUGGGGGGGGGGCGUGCACACCACACUGACUCCUGUUUUCAGGGCCGUGUUGUGUGGAGUAAUCAUCCUCAUAGAUUUUAUACACAUAGUAAUUCUCCUUUUUAUAUGUCAGGUAAAUAUUUGUAAAAGUUAUACUCACACAAAAGAAAUUAUUAUGAUAAUUACUAAUAUAUUUUUUUCCAUGUUUCAUUGCCUGAAUAAAAACUGUUUACCACUGGUAAA